UUAUCUGCACAAGCUUUCCCCCAUGUUCUAUACAGCUAAUAGUAAUUUCAGUAACUAUUUAAGUGGCUUUGUUGAGAGCAUGGGCUGGUGAAGAGCUUACAGGCUCCUGAGCAUUGCAGAGCACUGCUCCUCACACUGUGGGUGUCCCUGUCCUGGAGCACCUGGGUAACCUCCUCUUGAGCUGAGUUUCUCCAGGGUGCUGCAUACUGAGUCAGUGUGCCAUUAGGGAGAACAGCAGUUCUUCGUGCUAAAUAAAGGAUGGGGGUCACUGGAGGAGGCAAAAUACUUCUGGUUAACGUAUGAUUUUCCCUGAAUGUUUUUAUAGCUGCUCAGGUAACCUGGUCAAAACUUCAGUUCUCAGGUGUGUAGGGCUUGGUGUAUCUGUUUGACUCCAGAAGUGGAGCAUCCCCAUGGCUCACCAAACUAGGUGGUGUGAGUACCGUGGUACUUGCCCAACUGAGUUAGCGCUGUGAGUCCCAGCUGCUGUCAUCUCGGGCUGGUUGGAGCUGCAGGCUCAUGCUGCCCUGCCCUGUCCUGGCCAGCAGCCACCCCACUCCAACUCAACCUUGCCCAUGCUGUGCAGCAUUGCUUCUGAGCAUCAAGAGGAGAAUAAGAUGGAAGCUGAGGGUAAGACUGUGGGAAGAAGAGCUUGUUCCCACAUAUCAUGCAAGAUGCAUGCUCCGGUCUCUAACCUGAGAUGGUAAGUGAUGCCUCUUUGUCACGGGCAUGAGCUUUUUAAACAAGGAGAAUGCUUUGCAGUGGCUCUGUGUGAUACAGACGAGGCCUGGUAACUCAGGAAACUGCCAUGAGUUAAGUUAGCUGGUUGCAUUCUCCCCCUGUUUUCUGAAAGCUGACCGUAGUGCAUCUUAACUCCCUGUGGGGAAGGGGGGAGGGAGCUUUGGUUUAUUGGAGGCAGCAGGAAGCCACACGGACAGCGGUGGUGCCUUUGCCAGUGUGUGGUAACUCCUCAAACCUCUGUAACCCAAUCAUGUGUCGGAGCCCCGUGGUCUCAUUUUCAGAAGUUACAGACAUUCUUCGUAUUUAACCUGAUCCUUCCUUCAUCUAAACCUCAGACAAAUCAAAGCUGUGGGCUUUUUCUUUUUACUGAAGAAUUUCCUUCUUCCAGAAAUAAAGCAUUGAGUUAACUCUCCUUUAGCUUAGACUCAGCGUGCAGUUGAACUGAAUUAUUUGUUGGCAGACAUUUGAAAUGUAUCGGUGGAAACAUGCUAAUCCAGAAGUGUUGAUAUUGCAUAAACCAUAAUCAUUAACAUCUCUGUUUCGAUGUCAUUUUGAACUACAGAGUGGACCCCUGUUGUAUGUGAGUAGCAUGUAGCUCCCUGCUCCCCAGUCUUCACAACAACCCGAGCCACUGGGAUGCUGGUGUUUCUGAAACUGAGACAACAAUCCGUCCUUAUCUUAACGUUGUCCUGCAUGAUGUAUUGCAUGACUUCACUUUUUCCACAAUUUCAAUACUGCUUUUUCCAAGUUCUGGUUAGAUGCCUAUGCUGGAGAUAUGCCUGUAGACCAAACUUAAACUCUUUCCAAAGCACUGAGUGCUUCCUCAGAAAGGUUUUUAACUCUAAAGCAAUCUAUCUAGAAAUGAAAACCACUAAAUCCAGUUUAAAAUGUUCUACCACCGUUCUUUUCAGCAGCUAUUCUGCACUGUGCGAGGUUUGCACAUAGCAAUGGCCAUGGAAAGUCCACGUGUGAAGGACUGCAGCAGAGCUGGCCGGGCUGCAGUCACUGCUUCUCACCUCUCUGAUGGCACUGCUGAGUGCUUCCUUCAAACCCCCUGCGAUAAUCAUAAAAAUGCACUACAAAACUUACUGCAUUCUGCUGGAGAAUGCCAGUAGGAUGAUAUCAUGUGUUGCAGGGGUUCCUGUGCACAAGGCUGAAUCAGUGCUGUGGUGCACACAAGCACUUAAAAGCAUGGUCAAAGCAUUCUGGAGUGCAGAGCUUUCAGGCAGCACAGCAAUGCUCUGUAGAAAAGCCCAAUUCUGAAGUCAGUGUGCUUUCUUUUCCAGAAUAGAUAGAAUUUGAAAUGUAAGCUGUGACAUGCUUGCUGCGUUUAAUAUACGUAGUGUGGUUUGUUUCAAGCUGUGUGCAGCAUGGGGGAGCUGGAGCGUCAGCUUCUUCAGGCAAAUCCCAUUCUGGAAUCCUUCGGGAAUGCGAAGACGGUGAAGAACGACAACUCCUCCCGCUUUGGCAAGUUCAUUAGGAUUAACUUUGAUGUUACUGGUUAUAUUGUUGGGGCCAACAUUGAGACAUACUUGUUGGAGAAGUCUCGUGCUGUUCGCCAAGCUAAAGACGAGAGGACAUUUCAUAUCUUCUACCAGCUGCUGGCUGGAGCAGGAGAGCACCUCAAGUCUGACUUGCUGCUUGAAGGAUUUAACAAUUACAGAUUUUUAUCCAAUGGCUACAUCCCCAUUCCUGGGCAACAAGACAAGGAUAACUUUCAGGAGACAAUGGAAGCAAUGCAUAUCAUGGGCUUUUCACACGAUGAGAUCUUGUCAAUGCUGAAAGUGGUGUCUUCAGUGCUACAGUUUGGAAAUAUUUCCUUUAAGAAGGAGAGAAAUACUGAUCAAGCUUCUAUGCCAGAGAACACUGUCGCACAGAAACUCUGCCAUCUACUGGGAAUGAAUGUUAUGGAAUUCACCCGGGCCAUUCUGACACCACGCAUCAAGGUUGGCAGAGACUAUGUUCAGAAAGCCCAGACCAAAGAACAAGCAGACUUUGCAGUGGAAGCUUUGGCAAAAGCCACCUAUGAACGCCUCUUCCGCUGGCUCGUUCACCGCAUUAACAAAGCUUUGGACAGGACCAAACGACAGGGAGCAUCUUUUAUUGGGAUUCUGGAUAUUGCUGGAUUUGAGAUCUUUGAGCUGAACUCCUUUGAGCAGCUCUGCAUCAACUACACCAAUGAGAAGCUUCAGCAGUUGUUCAAUCACACGAUGUUUAUCCUGGAGCAGGAGGAGUACCAACGAGAGGGCAUAGAGUGGAAUUUCAUUGACUUUGGACUGGAUCUGCAGCCUUGCAUUGACUUAAUCGAAAGACCUGCAAAUCCUCCCGGUGUGUUGGCGCUGUUGGAUGAAGAAUGCUGGUUUCCUAAAGCUACUGACAAAACAUUUGUGGAAAAAUUGGUCCAAGAGCAAGGAACCCACUCCAAAUUCCAAAAGCCAAGACAGCUGAAGGACAAAGCAGAUUUCUGCAUUAUUCAUUAUGCAGGGAAGGUAGACUACAAGGCAGACGAGUGGUUGAUGAAGAACAUGGACCCACUGAAUGACAACGUGGCUACGCUCCUGCACCAGUCUUCUGACAAAUUUGUUGCAGAGCUUUGGAAGGAUGUGGAUCGUAUCGUGGGUCUGGAUCAGGUCACUGGAAUAACAGAGACUGCUUUUGGCUCUGCGUACAAGACCAAGAAGGGCAUGUUUCGUACUGUUGGGCAGCUGUACAAAGAAUCUCUCACCAAGCUGAUGGCAACGCUCCGAAACACCAAUCCCAAUUUUGUUCGCUGCAUCAUUCCAAAUCACGAAAAGAGGGCUGGAAAAUUAGAUCCACACCUUGUUCUAGAUCAGCUUCGUUGCAAUGGUGUUUUGGAAGGAAUAAGGAUUUGUCGACAAGGAUUUCCAAACAGGAUAGUGUUCCAGGAAUUUAGACAGAGGUAUGAGAUCCUUACUCCCAAUGCAAUUCCAAAAGGUUUUAUGGAUGGCAAGCAAGCCUGUGAGCGCAUGAUCAGAGCCUUGGAGCUGGACCCCAACUUAUACAGAAUUGGACAGAGCAAGAUCUUUUUCCGAGCUGGUGUCUUGGCACAUUUAGAGGAAGAACGAGACCUGAAGAUCACAGACAUUAUCAUCUUCUUCCAGGCAGUCUGCAGAGGAUACCUGGCCAGAAAGGCCUUUGCAAAAAAACAACAGCAACUGAGUGCACUGAAAAUCCUGCAGAGGAAUUGUGCUGCAUAUUUAAAGCUUAGGCACUGGCAGUGGUGGAGAGUCUUCACAAAGGUGAAGCCUCUUCUCCAGGUGACUCGCCAGGAAGAGGAACUUCAAGCCAAGGAUGAAGAAUUAAUGAAGGUUAAAGAAAAACAGACAAAAGUGGAAGCAGAACUUGAGGAAAUGGAAAGGAAACAUCAACAGCUCCUAGAAGAAAAGAACAUUCUUGCAGAGCAGCUACAGGCUGAGACGGAGCUGUUUGCAGAAGCUGAGGAGAUGAGGGCUCGCUUGGCUGCCAAAAAACAAGAGUUGGAAGAAAUUCUCCAUGACUUGGAAUCCAGGGUUGAAGAGGAAGAAGAAAGAAAUCAAAUAUUGCAGAAUGAGAAAAAGAAAAUGCAGGGCCAUAUUCAGGACCUAGAGGAACAGCUGGAUGAGGAGGAGGGAGCUAGGCAGAAGCUGCAGCUUGAAAAAGUGACAGCUGAAGCUAAGAUCAAGAAGAUGGAAGAAGAGAUCCUACUGUUGGAGGACCAAAAUUCCAAAUUUUUGAAGGAAAAGAAGCUGAUGGAGGAUAGAAUUGCUGAAUGUACUUCUCAGCUGGCUGAAGAAGAAGAAAAGGCCAAAAACCUGGCCAAACUGAAGAACAAACAGGAGAUGAUGAUCACUGAUUUAGAAGAGCGCUUAAAAAAAGAGGAGAAGACACGUCAGGAAUUAGAAAAAGCUAAAAGAAAACUGGAUGGUGAAACAACAGAUCUACAGGACCAAAUAGCUGAGCUGCAAGCCCAGAUUGAGGAGCUGAAGAUCCAGCUGGCCAAGAAGGAGGAAGAGCUGCAGGCUGCUCUUGCAAGAGGUGAUGAAGAAGCAGUUCAGAAAAACAAUGCACUUAAAGUGAUAAGAGAGUUGCAGGCCCAGAUUGCAGAACUGCAGGAGGAUCUUGAAUCUGAGAAGGCAUCACGCAACAAGGCAGAAAAGCAGAAAAGAGAUUUAAGUGAAGAGUUGGAGGCUUUAAAAACUGAACUGGAAGAUACCUUGGAUACCACUGCAGCACAGCAAGAGCUGAGGACAAAACGUGAGCAGGAGGUGGCUGAGCUGAAGAAAGCAAUUGAAGAGGAAACCAAGAACCAUGAAGCACAGAUCCAGGAAAUCAGGCAGAGGCAUGCUACUGCCCUGGAAGAGCUCUCUGAACAACUUGAGCAGGCCAAAAGGUUCAAAGCAAAUCUUGAAAAAAACAAGCAAGGCCUGGAGUCUGACAACAAGGAGUUGGCCUGUGAAGUGAAGGUGUUGCAGCAGGUCAAGGCAGAGUCUGAGCAUAAGAGGAAGAAGCUUGAUGCUCAGGUACAAGAACUAACUGCUAAGGUCACAGAAGGCGAAAGACUGAGGGUGGAGCUGGCGGAGAAAGCUAACAAGCUGCAGAAUGAGUUGGAUAAUGUCUCAAGUCUCCUGGAGGAAGCAGAGAAGAAAGGCAUCAAGUUUGCCAAGGAUGCAGCUAGUUUGGAAUCCCAACUUCAGGAUACACAGGAACUACUUCAGGAAGAAACACGCCAGAAACUCAACCUGAGCAGCAGAAUUAGGCAGCUAGAAGAGGAGAAGAACAAUCUGCAAGAGCAGCAGGAAGAGGAGGAGGAGGCCAGGAAGAACCUGGAGAAACAGAUGCUAGCCUUGCAGGCACAGUUAGCAGAGUCUAAGAAGAAGGUAGAUGAUGACCUGGGAACAAUUGAAGGUUUGGAGGAAAAUAAGAAGAAAUUACUGAAGGAUAUGGAAUCCUUAAGCCAACGCCUGGAAGAGAAGGCAAUGGCUUAUGACAAACUGGAAAAGACAAAGAAUCGCCUGCAGCAAGAGCUGGAUGACUUGAUGGUAGAUCUGGAUCAUCAGCGCCAGAUUGUGUCUAACCUGGAGAAAAAGCAGAAGAAAUUUGAUCAGAUGCUGGCAGAAGAGAAGAACAUUUCUGCUAGAUAUGCAGAGGAGAGAGAUCGUGCUGAGGCAGAGGCAAGGGAGAAGGAAACAAAAGCACUGUCUCUGGCUCGGGCUUUGGAAGAAGCCCUGGAAGCAAAGGAAGAAUUUGAGAGACAGAACAAACAAUUGCGUGCAGACAUGGAGGACUUAAUGAGUUCUAAAGAUGAUGUAGGCAAAAAUGUCCAUGAGCUGGAGAAAUCCAAGCGAACUUUAGAGCAACAGGUUGAAGAGAUGAGAACUCAACUUGAGGAACUGGAAGAUGAACUACAGGCCACAGAAGAUGCUAAACUUCGUUUGGAGGUGAACAUGCAAGCUAUGAAAGCCCAGUUUGAGAGAGAUCUGCAAGCCAGAGAUGAGCAGAAUGAAGAGAAAAAGAGGAUGCUGGUCAAACAAGUGCGAGAGCUGGAGGCAGAGCUGGAGGAUGAGCGCAAGCAGAGGGCUCUUGCCGUAGCAGCCAAGAAGAAAAUGGAGAUGGAUCUGAAAGACCUGGAAGGUCAGAUAGAAGCUGCAAACAAGGCUCGAGAUGAAGCCAUCAAACAGCUGCGUAAGCUCCAGGCUCAAAUGAAGGACUACCAGCGGGAGCUCGAAGAAGCCCGUGCGUCCAGAGAUGAGAUCUUUGCACAGUCCAAAGAGAGUGAAAAGAAACUCAAAGGUCUCGAAGCAGAAAUACUUCAGCUCCAGGAGGAGUUUGCAGCAUCUGAACGAGCCCGUCGUCACGCUGAGCAAGAAAGGGACGAGCUGGCUGAUGAGAUUGCAAACAGCGCUUCAGGAAAGUCAGCACUGCUGGAUGAGAAGCGCCGGCUGGAGGCUCGCAUUGCACAGCUGGAGGAGGAGCUGGAAGAAGAGCAGAGCAACAUGGAGCUUCUCAACGAGCGGUUCCGGAAGACCACGCUGCAGGUUGACACGCUGAAUUCUGAGCUGGCUGGGGAGCGGAGCGCUGCGCAGAAGAGUGAAAAUGCACGGCAGCAGCUGGAGAGACAGAACAAAGAGCUGAAAGCCAAGCUGCAGGAGCUGGAGGGAUCUGUGAAGUCAAAGUUCAAGGCAACAAUUUCUACUCUAGAGGCCAAGAUUGCUCAGCUAGAAGAACAGCUUGAGCAGGAAGCAAAGGAAAGAGCAGCUGCAAACAAACUGGUGCGACGCACAGAGAAGAAGUUAAAAGAAGUCUUCAUGCAGGUGGAGGACGAGCGCCGACACGCAGACCAAUACAAGGAGCAGAUGGAAAAAGCAAAUGCCAGGAUGAAGCAGCUGAAGCGUCAGCUGGAGGAGGCUGAGGAGGAAGCCACACGUGCAAACGCUUCCCGACGUAAACUGCAGCGUGAGCUGGACGAUGCCACAGAGGCUAACGAGGGCCUGAGCCGGGAGGUCAGCACCCUGAAAAACAGGUUAAGGAGGGGCGGCCCCAUCACCUUUUCCUCCAGCCGAUCCGGCAGGCGCCAGCUGCACAUCGAAGGGGCCUCCCUGGAGCUGUCGGACGACGACGCAGAGAGCAAAGGCAGCGACGUGAACGAAGCGCAGCCGACCCCUGCUGAGUAGAGCCCCGCACACCAUUUGCAUGCAGAGACCUUUACACAACAGUCGGCAGAGCGAGGAGGACUUUCCUGACCACCAGACUGCCUUGUGGCCCUAAAUAUGCCUUACAAAAUGUCGGCAUGCUACAAGGUUACUUACCAUAGGUCAACUAUGUCUUAAGGCUCUCCAGCCUCACCAUACUGUACCCUGCUUCAGAUAUAGGUACAACUGCUUUUUUUUUUUUUACAUAUAGUAACAAAACGGGAUCGUCUCUGUUCAGUGCAUCUAUUUUCCAGACACUCAUUGUAAAGCCAUUUUAUAAAGCAUCAUGUGAAGGAUGAAACUUUCUGUAUUGGUUAAAAAAAAAAACAAACACAAAACUUCAUUCCCAGAGGGUAGGUGGUUGGGACAGCCCCAUUGUCAUGACUCAGCAUGCUUUGUACAGACAACAUCCUUCCAUUUCUUCUGUGCUUGGGCAGCCCCUGGCUGCACUGAGCCCGUUGGAUCGUUGAAGACCAAACUGCACCCGCAUCUUUCUUUUCUCCUAAUUGUUGUGAUCGGCACACAAUCAGUGAGUGAACUGUGAAGAACCUCGGGAAGCGUUAGAGGGAAACGUAGGGAUGAGUGAGUAGUGUCCAUUUUUUAACCCUCAGUACCAUUUUGGAGUGUUCUCAGCACCUGCUUCAUCCAUUAGUGUCAUGCAGUACAGGCAAACAGCGUCACCGUUCCUCUCUGUACAGUACUUUGCAGCUGUAGCAUCCUGCUCUUCCCAUGCCCAACAGGUCUGUAUAUAUAUAUUAAGGCUAGUACAAUGUGAACACCAGUGGAAAACAAGCAUACAACACAGGCACAGUAAUUUAUGAACUUCAGGCUGAGCGCUCUUCAGGACGGUGCCAUGGCCGUGCUCGCAGCGCUGCGCAGAGGGAUGUUGCCUGCCUGCAGUUAACAUGCCAGUGGAUGUGAAUCCUUUUUUCGUUGUUGUUGCUGUUGUUUUUUAUUUUGAGCAGUAUUACAGCGAGUAGUUAGCGUUCUUUUUGUUUAAAUAGCUGAAAAACUGACAUUACAGAAAGUGCCUUAGACACUACAGUACUAAGACAAUGUUACAUAUAUAAUUUGCCUAUAUAACGAUGAUUUAAUGUAUUAAUUUUGACUGUGCUUCAUAUCAUGUACCUCUCUAGUCCAAGUGGUAUUAUGGAUAUUAGUGACAAUGAAUCAGUGUUAAUAGGAACCUUCCUCUGCCACAUGCUCAAACAAAAAGAUACGGAUUUCCUUUUUUUGGUUAAAAGCUUUAACAUCUGUCGCAAAGGUUUUGUUGUGUGUGUUUGGAUAUUUUUAAUCAAACUGGCUGUUGACCACCAGGCAUCUGACUGCAAAUAUCUUGUUUUCUUGUAUACCCAUAUUUCUAGACAAUGAUUUUUGUAAGACAAUAAAUUUAUUCAUUAUAGCUGUGGCCGCCUGCUCUGUUUACUUACAGGAAGAGCUAUUUCUUGAGGCUGGCAUAGACCUUAAUAAAUGAGAAUAUGGCUGGAA